CCAAUUAAAUAUCUCCCAUUCACACUUUUAGGACCAUCCUUCAUCUCACCACAAAUGGUGACGACAGACAAUCACAGCACGACAUAACAUGCUAUGCUAUAAUCUCACUCAUCUCGUGAUUUCCAACCAUAUUUUUCAGAACACGCUUCUUCCUUCGCUUUCACUUAUUUCACUUUCACUUCACUCAAACACCGCGUUUUGUGUCAAAAAUUAAGCCACCUCAAAAAAAAUAAAAACUCUUAUCUUCAACUUUUUUAAACCUAAUUAACGCGUUCCCGUGACCGAAUCGCUUUUCCGUUACCGAAUCGCUUUUUCUAUAAAUCACGCUUUACAGAAAAUAACCGAACUAUACUAAACUGAAAACCUUCAAAACGUUCUUUCUCUCUCGGCGAAAGCCAUGGACGAUGAAGUGCGGAAGAUCUUCAACAAAUUCGACAAGAACGGCGACGGGAAGAUCUCGCGCGCGGAGCUCAAGGAGAUGAUGCUGGCGCUCGGAUCUAAGACGACGUCGGAGGAAGUUAAUCGGAUGAUGGCGGAGGUUGACCAGAACGGCGACGGUUACAUUGAUCUGAAGGAGUUCGGAGAAAUACACACCGGCGGCGGGGAUUCUUCGGAGCUCCGGGAGGCGUUUGAGAUGUAUGAUUUGGAUAAGAAUGGAUUGAUCUCGGCGAAGGAGCUGCACGCGGUGAUGCGGCGGUUGGGGGAGAAGUGUUCGCUCAGUGAUUGCCGGAAGAUGAUCGGAAACGUCGACGCCGAUCGCGAUGGUAAUGUGAAUUUUGAAGAGUUUAAGAAGAUGAUGGGUGGCUCUUAAUCUUAACGAGUGAUUAGUGAAAUGUAUUUUUUUUCUCUUAAUUUUACUUUACUCAACCUUUUUAAUUUAUAUGUAGAUGUAUUUUCCACUUUAAUCUCUAAUAUUAGUAAGUGCUAUUUUUAAUUAAAA